UGUGCCUCGCAGAUGCGGAGUAAACGGACGUUGGAGCAAACACGCGCUCACGCGCAGAGGGGACCGUAACCCUGACACAACUCUGGUGUCUUUUCGCCUCUGAGGAAACUAAACGAGAUUUCUGACAACUUACUGCUCGCAGUUGUACUUCGUGCUUACGGAAAGUUGAAAGGAAUACUGCCUCGAACUUUUUGUACGCCUGGAAGCUGGAGGAGAAAGAUUCCUUCAACUGAGCGGAACAGAAGGAACAGGAUGAUUUCAAACUCUAAACACCUGGAAUUACACUUGCUUUGAUAACCUCCCACUAAUCUCAACAAACUUUAAAAAGAACUAAAAGCCUAGUUACUGAUUUGGAUCACAACUGAAAGGCUGCCAUCAUGCCUAUCCUCAAGCAGUUAACGGGCAACUCCAACCAGUCGAAGAGGAGGUCAAGGGCUGACCUCACAGUUGAAAUGAUCAGCGCUCCUUUGGGCGACUUCCGUCACACCAUGCAUGUUGGACGAGGCGGGGACGCCUUUGGAGACACUUCAUUUCUCAGCUCCCGAUCAGGGGAACCUCCAAGGGAGUCCCAAACAAAGGAGGGCUCACCAGGUCCUAAACCAGGGCUUCUGUCCCGCACCUUCAGAAGCAGCAAAAGGUCCCAGUCUGUUAACAGAGUAGACAAGUAUGAGAACAUUACAACACUGCCUUCUGCUGCCACAUCUCUGCCUUACCUGAACGCUGAAAGUUCAAACAUAGGCAACCAUCUGCCAAAAAGUGUGUCUUCCAGUCCUAUGAAGACGCUGGUGGAAGAUAAGCCAAUGAACGGAGGGGCAGCUAUGGCCACAUUGGAUGCUGAGCUCGACGAACGAAACUUCGGUGAACUUAAAGACCUGCCUCCAUCCAUGCCAAAAGGUGGUGGGAUGAAAAAAGCAGAAUCCGUGAUGUCCUUCCACAUCGACUUGGGGCCUUCAAUGCUCGGGGAUAUCCUCAGCGUGAUGGAGAAGAAAAACUGGGAAGAGGACGACCUUGGCUUUGAGGAAGGCAAAGGUAGUGAGGAGCAUGCAUCACCAUCCCAUAUUCCUCACAUCGACGAUGACGACGCAGAGGACUGGGCACCUUCUAGACCACCUCGUAGUAAUUACCAGCUCCAGCAGAAGGUCACGCCGGAUCCCUACGAUCCGGAGAUCAGCGAAUCAGAAAGGAACAACCACCACACGGAUAGCUGUUCUGUGUCCAGCUCUGGUUCUGAAAAACCUCAGUACAACCUCCACGAUGGCAACACAAACAGUGUGAAGUACAGUUCAUCACACAGGGAUGAUGAUUUCGACUUCAUGGAUCAGGAGGAUGAUGAGAUUAGAGUCUAGAUUGAGCAGCAGUCUGUUCCAUGCAGAAGAAUUUAGGAGACGCCCAUAGGAGAGGAUUACAGUCAGAGUCGAGAAGAUCUUUACUCACUGUAGGUCAGUCUAAUGUUAGAUCAGUUUUAUCAACACUAUAAAUAAAAUCUCUUAAGUCUUUUUUCACUUUAUAGCAAGGAGACUGACAGCUAUUUGAAAUGUUUGGAUCGGUUGAUUCUAUUUUUACCAGAUGUCAACUCAGAGAACAUUAUUUUUCACUAGUUUUAAAUGAUAAAGGUAAAGAAGAUAAAUCAGCAGGGAAAAUCACCCACUUUAAAAGGAAGUAAAAGGUGGGGGAAAGAUUAGAGAGCAGACUGUGUGGAUGUGUUAUCAGUUCCAGUGAAUGUGGAGGUAAAGAAGAAGAAAUGAAACUGAUAGGUUUGUAAUCCCAGCGGUUUGAAGGUGUAGACACUACAGAGAUAGUUAUUACUUUUGCUCAUGUCUGAGUUUGCUUUUCUUAAAUCAUUUUGUGUACAGACACUAUAAGGAUGUCAGUUAAGCGUAGCCUCUUAUGUCUGAGGUGGGUCUAUUAUAUUUGCCUCCUUCCUAAAUUGUUCUGUCAGCUGUAAAAUAUUUUUUAAAUUGUUUUGUAAGGGAUUGAUUUGAGAAGCAAAUGUGAACUUUGGAGUCUUAAAGGUUUUGAUGUAUUUGUUUGGGGAACUAUUUUAUGGUACUAUACUGUGAUCAAUCUCAAUGACGCUAAGUACUAAACUCAAGACACCGGAUUUUGUAUGCUGCGUCACUUCUGAAAGCAAAAUGGAAGACAGUUCAUUGAUUUCUGUGUGCUCUCAUGAAACUGACACUCAAAAUUGCUGUGCAUCUUGGAGCUUCUGUAAAUUUUAGAGGGUUUUCUGUAUGUAUUCUCUUUUCUUUUAAAUGUGCAGGAACAGUGGGUUGUUUUUGAAGAUGCGUGAAUGUAUAAUUUGUCAUCAUUAAAGGACAGCGGUACAUUGGCUCUCAAAAGCCUACAUCCAUUUCACAAUGCCAAGUUUUUGUAAUCUUGAUAGAUGAUCUCAAAACUUUUUCCACAUAAAAUGUGGCAUCUUUCCUCUUUAAAAAAAACCCAUUAAAAAUUGAAAUAGCUAAUGCAUUGACAUGCUUUGCUUUAUAAUUUCCUAUUUAUGGUUAAAUGCAUGCAUACCGUGACUAAAUGUCUGUACAGCUUUAGUUCAAAUCUGAUAAAGAUCAACCAAGUGCUGGUCAUGUCUCUACAUGUGACAACAAUUUAUCUUAUUUUCCGUAUGUCUGGAAGAAGGAGUAGAGUUUAAACAAAUAAUGAUUUUCUUCUUUAAAAACCCAUCAACAACCUUCUAGGGAAAGCAUUUUAUUUUCUGCUUAAACAAAACUAAUUGUUAACUCAGAUAUGUUUUCCUUAGUUGGAACAGAAUUUAUUUUAUUUUUUUUUUUAAUUCAUGUAGAUGAAUUUAUGAAUGGCCAGAACUGGUCCAAAGCCUGCUAGAAAGCUGGAGAUUAGGAGGGAUUAAAUUUUUCAGCAUCAUAGCCUAAGCAUACAUCCAAAAAAAACAAAAUGGUGGCUUUGCAAAAAGAAAAAUAAUGUUUUGAUCAGAAUUAAAUUUCCAGGGAGGUACCACCUUAAAAGGGCUGUGGACAAGUGAUAUCACCCCAAUAUAGUGGAUUUGGAGAAAUUGUACAAUAUUAAGUUGACAAAUGUUUCCAGUCAAGAUGAAUGAGCUACCAAAGAAGACUGGAUGUUGAAACUAAAUCAAAAACUUCUUCAGUACAGCAUGUUUUCAGGUUGUACACAUUUUUGGAACCAAGCUACAGCAACUUGUCACACUGUUUCUCCUUGAUCUGAUUUUUGUUUGCAUAUACAGGAUGAAUGUUUGGCUGUUUGUGGAAAAAGUUUGAAGUCAUCUGUCAAGGUGAAGUUGUUUUCCAUUCCAUAUCCUGGCAUUUUAAUGGUGGGAUGGAGGGGGCUUUUUGAGAGGAACUGAAAUAUUAGGAGCUCAGUGGCUGCGAUUCUUACAGCCUGUAGCUUGUUUGUGAAAGCAGAAAGGGGACAGAAAAGUAAGUACAGUGUUUAAGUACAGGUGGUUAGCUGAAAGCCAGGUCUCCAAGAACUGAGAAGGGAACAUAUCUGCUGAACUGACCCCACCCCAAAAGAAAGACACUUUCUCCUUGAAGUCAAAUCACACGGUAGAAGUUUAACCUACAAAUUAUGUAAGCUGGUCCGAUUUGUCCAUUAAAAGUGUUGGAUUGCCUGCCCUCUUUAAAAGCUGGAACUGCUCUAGCAGCAGACAGGUGGACUUUUUAUUUUUUUAUCUUGAGUUUUUUAUGUCUGUCAGGGUCUGCUGUACACUGCAGCCAUAAAUUACCAAGUCGUACUUUUCCUUUCCUACACCUGGGAGAAAUGUGACCCUCUGUAUCUAAUUCUGCGUUAGAAAACUAAUUGCCACCUUUGACAAACAGGAGCUUUGAAUGUUCUGAUGUGGAACGGAUGCAGGUGUGCGUACAGAGAAUCGAGAUGCUGUGCCAUUCUGCCUCAAGUUGUUUCAAGAGUUGGAACAAGUAUGCUUCCAGAAGCCUCCAACGUUACAGUUAUCUGCAGGACAUUUCCAAGUGCGUUCAAGCUCAACUUCUGUAAGGUGUUUGAAUUUGAUAAAGACACUAAACGUUUUGUUCCCCACGUCCCCACCGGAAUGGCUCAUAAUUGGCUCCGUAAAUCAAAUCUGUCAGGAACGUGUUUGGUUUCGUCGGAGACGUGUCACUUAAAACGUGUCCUCCACAAAAUGUGCAAACUUCCCUCUGCCGUGUUGAAUUCCUACAGCUGUAUCACAAUGCAGAGAGAAACAUUUUCUUCCCAAAAUUGUUUGAUCCGUCUUGUUCUCUUCAAACUGCUACCUUAACCUCAUCAGUGUAGUUUAUCAAGACGGUUUUAGGCAGCAGGUGAAGUUUGUGAACGUUUGUGCUAGGAAGCAAGCAGUGGAGGAAGGUGACUUCAGAUUCAGUUUUGGCAUAUGCAGUGUCAUGAAGCUUGUUCACUUCUUACCCGGGUCAGUCACCAUGGUAACUAACAUGUUACGUUUCCAGAUUAGAGGUCAACACCAUCAAAGCACCGCCUUGCAAACAAUCAGUACACUGAGAAAAUGGAAAAGCCGGCGUUGCUUGAACAACCUCUCUUAACAUGGUUCCAUCAUGUCUUCUCCCAAAUAUGUUUCAGACACAUUGCUGCCAAAUACACACUUGUGUACCAUCUGAUAGAGAUUGAUUGCUUUCGACUGAUGGUGAUUAGAAACUACCAUUCACUUGGCGGUACUUUGCCAGAGAAAAUAAAAAGUGCUAACCAAGAAAUGACCAAUUUUAACAGCGGAACAAAAAUGUAUAAUCAUUUUUGAUUUUUCAGAUUAGUAUCAAUUUUGGACUAUUUGUAAUAUCUUAUGUUUAAAUGUAAAAUCUGUGCUUUUGUGAAAUGAAGGAAAGUACUUUUUUUCUCAUGUUUUAUCAUAAAGAAUCAUACUUUUAUUUUUAAAGAGCAGCAGAAACACUCCUCCGCUGUUGUUGCUGUCAAGAUUUGUAAUUAGUGCCAUUAAUAAUUCCAGAGAACAAUCUUUGAAAUCAACAGUGUGACCGACUGUUAUAAUAAUGAGGGAGCCAGAGGAAUGUUGGAGGCUUUAAGGCUAAACGGAAAGUUUGUGGUUGGAUUAUACUUGCAAGGUUUGAACUAUUUACACCAGUCCACUAACAUGAACUGUUGGUGUUAUGAAUAAUUGCAGAAUUAUGAAAUUUUACUAAAUUGCACUGAAAUGCUUCUUGUUUUUGUGUAUUUGUUGUGUCUCUCUUGAGAGGAAACUCCAAAGUAAACCAGAACAAAUUAUGUUAAAAAUUUGCAAAUACUGCCUGCCCCAGGUCUGCUUAAGUUCUCCACUCCCUGACAAUGUUUUUGAGGCUUAAGAAAAAGAUAAGCACUGCAAAAGAAAUUCAACAAACUGGCCCAAAGCUCAUCUUUAGAAGGCGUUGUUUUUUUUUUUUCCCCAUUCUGUGGCUUUGUUAUGCCAAGUAUGUACUGUUUUUAUUCCUCUUCCCAAUUCUGAUUUUACUUCAUAUUAAUAUAUUCUCCUCCCUAACUUUCCUUUCCUUGAAAUAACAGCUAUAUUUUUCAAUAAAAGAGAAAGCUGGUAAUCUUCAACAAAGGCCAAGUUGUUUUUUUUAUUUUUUUUUAUUAUUAUUUUAUGACUUUGAGUCUCGCCACAGGCUGCCUUAUUUUCCCUCUCCUUCACAGGUUUUAUUUGCAUUCUGCCUCCAAAAUGGGCAGCAAGCUGAUUGAAAUCUAACCUUGAAAUAGCCUGAAAAAUGUCUGCUGAGGGAGCUGCUGAAGGAGUUCCAGCUCAAUCUUCAGUAAAAGUAAAAAAAAAAAAAGAAAAGAGGAAAAAAAAAACCUUGUCCAAGUGGAUUAUUUUACACAAACAACUGAUAUAAAAGGGGUGUAAUAUUAUAAGCCACAUGAGUCCGCGGAGCUACUUGAACAUUACACACUGGCGCUGCUUAUUAAAGGCUGGAGAGCUUUUCAAUAAAAUACAAAAAUCAUUAAAAACUACCA